AUGAGAUUCUACUUCGUACUAUUGGGCCUGAUACUCUUGGCUAUAAACACUCCUACAAAGGCGAAGAUCCUAACAAAGUGCGAUGCCGUACGAGAGCUGCAACGUCAUAAGAUCUCGAGAAGCCUGAUCAGCAACUGGAUCUGUCUGAUGGAGAACGAGAGCGGUCUGAACACUCAGCUGAUCACUGGACCGAAGACAGCUUCUAGCUACAGCUACGGGAUUUUUCAGAUCAAUAGCGCCAAGUGGUGCGCCAGAGGACACGCAGGUGGUUUGUGCAACAAACGCUGCGAGCUCUUCGCGAACGACGACAUCCAGGACGACAUCGUUUGCGCCAAGAUAAUCUACAAGGAAGGGGGAUUCAACGCUUGGAACGGAUGGCUGAAGAAGUGCAGGAACAAACCUCUGCCGAACAUCCGCGGUUGCUUUUAA